AUGACUUUGCGCUCAUCACGUGUACUUUUCUCGUUUCUGCUCCUCAGGCUGAACCAUCCCAAUGUGGUGGCUGCCCGUGACGUCCCUGAAGGGAUGCAGAAGCUUGCACCAAAUGACUUGCCAUUGCUGGCCAUGGAGUACUGCCAAGGCGGAGACCUCCGCAAGUACCUGAAUCAGCUGGAGAAUUGCUGCGGCUUGCGGGAAGAAGCUAUUCUGAUCUUGUUAUCUGAUAUUGCUUCAGCUCUCAGGUACCUUCAUGAGAACAGGAUCAUCCACAGAGACUUGAAACCAGAGAACAUUGUGCUACAGCAAGGAGAGCAAAGGUUAAUACACAAAAUCAUUGACCUUGGUUAUGCUAAGGAGUUGGAUCAGGGUAGCCUAUGCACAUCCUUUGUUGGGACUCUACAGUACUUGGCUCCAGAGCUGCUGGAACAGCAGAAGUAUACAGUGACGGUGGAUUACUGGAGCUUUGGCACGCUGGCCUUUGAGUGCAUUACUGGCUUCCGACCGUUCCUACCCAACUGGCAGCCAGUGCAAUGGCAUACAAAAGUGCGACAGAAGAGUGAGCUGGAUAUUGUCGUUUCAGAAGACUUAUGUGGAGAAGUCAAAUUUUCUAGCAGAUUACCCUGCCCAAACAAUCUAAACAGUGUUUUGGCUGAGAGGCUGGAGAAAUGGCUGCAACUUAUGUUAAUGUGGCACCCACGGCAGAGAGGUACAGAUCCGACAUACGGACCCAAUGGGUGUUUCAAAGCUUUGGAUGACAUUUUGAACUUGAAGUUGCUUCAUGUUUUGAACAUGGUUACGGGAACUGUACACACAUACCCUGUGACAGAGGAGGAGACACUGCAGACUGUGAAGGCCAGGAUCGAGUCAGAUACAGGAAUCCCAGAACAGGACCAGGAGCUGCUGCAGGAAGCUGGACUUGCAUUGUUUUCUCAGAAGUUGGCCACUAAACAUAUAGCUGAUAGCAAGGUGAAUGAUACUGCAGCUGCAGACACAGACCUCCUCUUUCUCUUCGAUAACCAGAAAGUUUCCUAUGAGGCUCAGGUUGCUUUGCGUCCUCAUCCGGAAAGUGUUGACUGCAUCCUUCAGGAUCCAAAGAAGAAUCUCCACUUUUUCCAGUUGCGGAAAGUGUGGGGUCAGAUCUGGCACACAAUCCGGAUGCUGAAAGAGGACUGUAACAGACUUCAGCAGGGACAGCGAGCAGCCAUGAUGAAUCUGUUGCGUUACAAUAGUACCCUCUCGAAGAUGAAGAAUUCUAUGGCCUCCCUUUCCCAGCAGCUGAAAGCAAAGCUGGACUUCUUUAAAACAAGCAUCCAAAUCGAUCUGGAGAAGUAUAAAGAGCAGAUUGAAUUUGGAAUUACUUCCGAGAAGCUGCUGUUUGCCUGGAAAGAGAUGGAGCAAGCUGUGGAGCUUUGUGGGCGGGAGGAUGAUGUGGAUCAGCUAGUGAAGAGGAUGAUGGCUCUGCAGACAGACAUUGUGGACCUGCAGAGAAGCCCGCUAGGUCGAAAACAAGGAGGAACACUGGAGGAUUUAGAAGAACAAGCCAGAGAACUGUACCGGAGAUUGAGAGAGAAGCCAAGAGAUCAGAGGACAAGCGGUGACAGCCAAGAAAUAGUACGACUGCUCCUACAGGCAAUCCAGACCUUUGAAAAGAAAGUCCGAGUCAUUUAUGCUCAGCUCAGUAAAACUGUAGUUUGCAAGCAGAAGGCUCUGGAAUUGUUCCCCAGAGUGGAGAAAGUGAUGAAUCUGAUGAAUGAAGAUGAGGAAACAGUUGUUAGGCUUCAGGAGAAGCGACAGAAAGAACUGUGGAACUUGCUGAAAAUUGCUUGUAGUAAAGUACGCGGUCCUGUUACUGGCAGUCCAGAGAGCAUGAACACAUCACGUCUUGGUAGCCCUGGUCAGCUGCUGCUGCAGGUCCCUUCUGGAACCUACAGUUUAUCAGAAUCUGUCAGGAAAAGUGAGGAGCUACUGCUGGAAUCGCAGAAACUCUGUAGCCAACUAGAAAAUGUGAUGCAUGACACAAUGAAGGAUCAGGAGCAGAGCUUCAUGGCUCUCGAUUGGAGCUGGCUGCAGCUUCAGGUCGAAGAAACAAACAGUCCAGAACAAACCCCAAUGUAAAAUCACUUUGGUUGCCUCUGAAGACAUGUUACUUCAGGAAGCCAACUGCAAAAAGCUGCUGCCUCUGAGAAGGGAAGUUCAAGUGCCUCCUUCUACUGUCACCUACUGCUUAUGUGAUACACAUGGCCUAGCUUUUAGAAUCCACCUCUUGGACACUUUUUUCACAUAGAUACAGUAGGAAAUGCCUGUUCUAAUUGCUUGGAAAAAGUUCUUAAUUGUGCCUUAAGACAGCACAUACUCUUAUUCUCUGUCCUGAUGCAUCUUCCCGUAGGCAUCACACAUGGUUGUUUUGCUGCCUUUUAGGCUUUCUAAUGGACAACGUGUGCCAUCAGCUUGCACAG